AGUUUGCUUCAGUUGACAGCCGAGGGGCCCGCAGAGUGGAACAGUCUUUCCGGGCGAAUCAAGCAGCGAGUCUGGCGUGUUCGUGAAGCGCGAAGGACCGCCGAUGAUAAACUGCUAGUAUAUCUAUGCACCAUCUGCAUUAACAGCCCCUUUGCGUUAAAACGUCCGUUGCGGCCAGGCGCUGAGGAUUUCAGCAAACAACCGCAGCAGCUAACAGCUCACAGCUAAACGGUUAGCCUCAGACGCAUACAGGUAUGUCUGAAGUUAGACUUGAGGCUGAGUCGGGGAAGACCUCAUCCGAGGACCCUCAGAUGGAUUGUGAGGAGGAUGACAAAGCAGAGCAGAGUUUGAGCGAGGAGUUAAAACAGGAGAGUGUAGACAGCGGCAGUUCAAAAGAGGAUGAAGCUGAUGUGAUGUACGACAUUGACAUUAACAGUGAUGAAGAAAAUGCAAAAAGCAGUAAUAGGGAGGGUCAGAAGGAGGAUGAUGAGGGCAUUCGGAGUGAAACGGUGUCUGGUAGUGCAGACGAUAGGGGACACGAGACAAAACACCGUGCUGAAACACCAGAGGAAAGCGGAGAGACUCACACUGAAUCAAAGGAGAUCACAAUGGCCGAGGAAUCCCACAGAAGCGCAGCGGCUGAGAUCCCAGUCACCAGCAAUGGAGACCUAGAUCAGAGUCCCGAGUCUGUAUUCAAGAGGGACUCUUAUCCCAGUGGCCCUGGGGCCAUAAACCUUUCAGAGACUUGUGUCACCUCAAGCAACUUUGCCUCAACAACAGAGGGCAUCAUUGAAUCAGGACCAUACAAAGGGUCAGCAAGCCUGCCCACGUCUCCCGUGUCACCUGUAGCUCCCAGCUCGGCUGUUGCUAGCCGCCUGGCGCGCUCUUCCAGCGAUAGUCAGGCUGAGAAAGGCUCGAUGACAGCACAGCCGAAGAGCGGAGCAGUGGUGCUUUCAGAUGACUUGAAGAACCCAGCAAUUGAAAAACUGGACCUAGUGAGAAAGUGGAGCAUCAACACAUAUAAAUGUACCAGGCAGAUCCUGUCAGAGAAGCUGGGCCGAGGCUCGCGGACUGUGGACCUGGAGCUAGAGGCCCAGAUUGAAGUCCUCCGUGACAACAAGAGAAAGUACCAGCAUGUGAUCAGGCUGGCUCAGACGCUGGCCAAUCAGCUGUCCCAGAUUAUGCAGACACAAAGGCAGCUGGGAGAUGCCUUUGCUGACCUCAGCCUCAAGUCGCCAGAACUCCAUGAGGAGUUCGGCUACAACGCUGAAACCCAAAAGCUGUUGUCCAAAAACGGAGAGACGCUGCUGGGUGCCAUCAACUUCUUCAUCUCCAGUGUGAACACACUCGUGGACAAAACAAUCGAAGACACCAUGAUCAAUAUCAAACAGUACGAAACUGCAAGGGUUGAGUACGACGCAUACCGUACAGAUUUGGAGGAGCUGAAUCUGGGGCCACGUGACACCAACACCAUGCCGAAGAUCGAGCUGUCUCAGCAGCAGUUCCAGAUCCACCGCGAGAAGUACGAGAGGAUGCGAAACGACGUGUCAGUCAAGCUAAAGUUCCUGGAGGAGAACAAGGUGAAAGUCCUGCAUAACCAGCUCAUCCUGUUCCACAAUGCCAUAGCUGCAUACUAUGCUGGAAAUCAACAGCAGCUGGAACAGACACUCAAGCAGUUCCACAUCAAGUUGAAAAUGCCGGGCGGGGACAGUCCAUCAUGGCUGGAAGAGCACUAAUCACUCCAAACCUUGUUGGCUCCAUUUGACAGGACGUCAAAUUACAGAGAAACUACAGGAGCUUUCUUCCCUCUUUAACGCUACUCUCACUGCUUUUCAAACUUUGAGAACUGUAAUUUAAAAUAAUGCACAAAAGGAAAAAAAAAAAAAACUCCUACAUUCCGUUGUUCUUUGUUAAAUCAUUUUUUUCUUCUCCUUGGUUAUUUCUGAUCAUUGAAAAACGCACUUUUACACUGUUUGACUGUCCAAACAGAUGUUGCUGCAGUAAACACCUUUGGAAACUCUACAUGGCCUUUUCCAUUCCAGCGUAUGAAUGUUGUAUCCCAGCACAGUGGACAAUAUUGGCUUUGUAAGGGGGCAGCUAUGGGAUUAAAAAAACAACUGCCGUUUUACUCACAUUCUUUAUACUACUCUUAUCAGCUGAUGGGAUGAAUGCUUUAAGAAGGUUAAGCAGGACGCUUCUUUUUUUAAAACACAAACUCUUUCAUGAAUUGAUGACUUUUACCCCCAGACUCUGAUUAAAGUGGUAGUUUGGCAUUUUGGGAAUUUGCUUUCUUGCCGAGGUUCAUGUAAUACUAUUCAUACUGCUCUGUCCACUCAGUUUAAAGCCACAGCUAGCAGCCAGUCAGCUUAGGAUAAGGACUGGGCACAAGGUUAGCCUGACUCUGUCCACCGGUUAGAAAGGAAUCUGCCUUCUAAUACCUCUAAAGCUCAUGAAUACGAAAGCCAAAGUGUAUAAAAUCAAGUUGUGGUUGUGCAGAUGGUUACCGUGUUUUUGGGCAAAGCCAGGCAGCCAUGUUUCUGAUUGUGGAUUUUAUGUUAAGUUACUGUAACUGACUGCUGGAUGACUUAGAGGGGUGUCCGUCUCCGCAUUCAUGCAAAAAAACCAAAGUAUUUCCCAAAUGUUUCAGACACUCCACGUAAAGAGAUGGAUGUUCACAACAAAUGUGUGCUGUGACUCUUGCAUCUACACGAUCCCUCCAUUUUAGCACUUGUUCUUUUUUUUUUUUUUUGUCUGCAUUCAGGGCGCGUGAGUGAAUUGAUAAAAGUGUCGAGUCUCUUAGUUUUCAGAUAAAAAUGAAGGAUCAGCCUUACGUCAAUAGAUGUGCCUUGAUUUCUCGAAUUGGUUCUCUGUCUGGUCUUGUUGAAAACAGCUGCGCUGACCACCAGUGUUCAGAAAACUGUAUGAGAACGGAGCAAACGAGCACCUUCCACCCUCAGAGCUGGAGCCUGUAUCAUUUUCCAUUGUUUAAACGCACCACAAAAAAAAAAAAAAGCAAAACUCCACUUAGUGUAAAUCUUAUUUGAAGACAUGCUGUUCUCAGAGAUAUUUAUCCAUGUUGCACAAAUGCACAUUUCUCCAUUUGAGAUAAAUUACAGAAACCAACUUGUUUAGCAGGGUGUGAUAAGUUUUAAACCAAAAUACAGUUAACUUGAGGAACAUUGUCUUUUGUAAAUUGAAACACCAGCACCCUUUUGCGUAGGCUGCAUGCUGGGCUGUGUGAAAGUCUGAUUUUUCAAAGGGACGUCUGUCUGCUGGCGUCUCCUCACUUCGUGGAUUUGUACUUUUCUUGUGGCUCGCUAAAGCAGUUUGAGAGCAUGAAUCUUGUACAACAAUCUGUUUCCUUAAAAUAGAUGGCUAUAUAUUUGUAAUCUCUAUUUUACUUUUUAGUAUGACAAAUGCUGCCAUUUGGCGUUGUUUUCCUGCAGACCUGCAUAAUGGUGUGCCAGUAGCACCAUGUACUAGUGGGUAUCUACCUUUGUAAUAAUGAAACAUUAACAGAUGUUGAGUUAAAAGGAUUCUGAAUGUUGUGUAACCU